CUCAACGACGGCGAUUGAUAUUCUUACAAGUAUCAACUUCUACGACCCAAACCGCGCAAUCAUGAUAACCUCCCAUGUCUGGUUACGCAUUGCACCCGGAGACCAUGCUCAACUCCAUGUCUAAAGUUCCUAGCCAGAUCCUCGGACUUCCACAGCCCGACUCCGAACCGAAAGAACAUAUUCGAGAGAGCACCGGCGCGCGCGACAAUUCCAUAUCAUCAUUCAGUAUUCGAUCCUACCCUCCAGAUGCCGCGGUUCCACAAAGUUUCGAUCGCAUGCGUCUCAUCAGUAGGGCACAUCUGCCUCUGACGUAUCUGGAUACCUCGCCGGAUCAGAGCUUCACGAGUCGGAUAUUCUCGGCAAACCUGGAAGUGUUGGAAACGCGAAACGGUUCCAAAGACGAAGAUGUUACGAUAUCCAAGGUGCUCAUUGCUCGCAGGCGGGCAGAUGACAUGCUGUAUGCGAUCGAACGGGUGCAGCCGGGGAUAUACAGCCUCUGCAGGCUUGCCGGUUGGCUGAAGGAACGUGACAUAGAAUUGCUAUCGGGCUCCAACAACACCGACAUGCGUCCCUCAUUACUGUGGAGUGGUAACGCUGCCACUGAGGCUGGAUCAUGGUGGCAGAGAGCAGCUGUCAAGACUGAGCCGUGGCGGGUGCCCGUCAGGAAGCCCAGGUUAGCUAUGCUGAGACCUAGCCCACAGCAGAAAGUAGAGAGAAUUGGGGAAGUCGGCCGCAACCUGCCGGACCCUUUCCAAGAGUCCUCAGUGCCGGACAUCGGCGUAGAAGCACAUUUGGUCGAGCCCCUGCAGGCUCCUAACCCACAACAACUACUCGACAGCCUUGUACAGCAAUAUCUGGAUGCCGUCUAUCUGUCGAAAACGUCAUUGGCAUACUUCGUAAAGGGACCGAUUACUCGAGUACGGAAUGUGUUCACAUCAGCGGAAGAAGGCGCACCACGUACUUGCGAAUUGGUCGACUUCUUGAGGUCUAUGCUGCUCAGCCAUAAGGCAGGCGAAAAAAAGUACCUAGAGAAGUUACCGGAAGUUGUUAAAGCCAUUCUACCCGCGGCUUUCUCGGACGAUGAACCCGCGCAUGGUUCUUCAAAGCCCAAAAGGUCGAAGAAGAAGAUGAAAAUAAGCAGAGAGGGAAUGUAUCCGCAUGAGGAUGACAUUGUCCGAAGAUGGUGGGUAUCUGAUAUACCAGGCCAGGACCAUCAUGGAGAUGAAACCCUCGAGCAACGUAUCAAGAGACGGGUAGGUGAUUUGCGGGUUCGCGAGACCCUGGCACAGAUGAUCUUGAUGUUGGAGAUCAUUGCGCUUGAAGCUUUGUCAAAUGGUAAAGAAUUCUCACAAAACCCCAGCCACAAUGAGCAGCAAGACAGUCACGCUGGAAAUGAUCUACGGCCAGAGGGUUCCAAUCCGUUCAAACAAGGCCAGGAGCAGGCCGGGGACCCACCCGCAUUGCACAAAAAGCGCAAGAAGAAGAUGGAUAAUGUCAGACUGCUGCUCGAUCUGUUGUUGGACAAGCUUUGUAUCUGGCAGUCCGUGGAUCAGGACGGGAUUCUCGAUUUUGAUGCAAAGUCACCGAGUACCCGAGGUGAGCCCUCGAAGACUGCCAAAUCUGGCGGUGGCGAUAGGCUCCAAAGCUUCUGCGUAGAGGUCAUCAUUCCUUUCUACAUGAGUAGGCUUCCUGAGCAGGCUGUCAUGAUUUGCAAGAAGCUGGGCGGUCCAGUGCAGGCGUCACCCCCCAAAAGAAAAGCGACAAAGCCUCCCCUAACAUCGCGCAAGUCUGGAGAACCCAAAGAACCUGAAGCGAAGAAGGCGCGUCGUUCGUUGAAUCGUGUGGCUACUGACACCGUUUCUCAGAUAGCUCAGAGGGGGACUACACCUUCGCUCAACCGUUCCGCUACGGACUCUACGCUCGUCAACGGAAUAAAGCGGGAAGCGAGUGAAGUCCCCUUAGCUGCGAUACCUUUUCAGCGCAGCCCUUCGACUGCCACAGCCAGACCAUCUUUGUCUCAUUUCAAGCAUCUCAAGGGGCGGCAGAUAGAUUUGAGUGCACCGUCAGCAGCAACUGCCGCGAAGCUCAAACAGAAGAAGAGAGUCGAAGAAGACCUUAGGGAGGCCAUCACCGCUCUGAAGAAGCCGAAUAGGGGGCUUGCGGCCGGAAGCUACGUCGAUGAAAUCGAGAAGUUAGGGCUAGGCUUGAACAACCGAUCUAGAAAGCCUGCCACUACUGUUCGCAAGAUCCAGAAAGAUGUGCAAGUGUCUGCCACGCCACGAGUAGGAAGCAGGACCAAAAUUGUGGUAGAAGCUACCCCCAGCCAUCGCCGCGACCCCUUUGCUCGGGAUCUCAACGAAACCAUACCGUCAAGCAGCUUCUGUAUCCCGUCUUCGGCCGCACGUUCUGUUGUUCCUGCGACAGUGCAGCGCAACGUUCUAGAACGGACAGCCACUGCACCUGCAGUCACCGAAACCCCAAGCAGGCCGCCUACUCGUAAAAUUCUCGACUCCCCAGGGGCAUGCCGCAGGGCGAUAUUUGCUCCAACAACAACUAUAACGGGCAAGCCGGCUCAAGCGUCUAAGGAAAAGGGUGUAAGCGCUUCACCAGGCGCAAUCUUCGCAACACCUCUCAAACCUAGACGAAAUCCACCCACUUCGCCAACUGCAAAGACUGGAGUGAUCUUUGCAACACCAAUCAAAGACCAGGCGAUCGAAGAAGCUGUUGCCCCCGCAGCUGUAGCGGCCACACCUAUCAAACCAGGCAAGUUGCUCGAAUCCGAACCUGGCCCUUCCAACACGAACGAAGGCACAGAAACGUCAAUCUACGACGCUCUGGGCUGGAACGACGAUGAUGACUUUUUUUGAUCGAACUUGCUUUCUACUUUUUUGCAUAGCGAAGGUGCAUGUGCAUGAGCGAAAGACGGAGUUCGGUUUUCAAGAGAGCAUUUCAAUGGCGUUACUAUGUAUACAGAGACGGUUCCAUCUUAGGCACGGGUGUUCAUAGAGGGUACACACCUGUAAUGUCGUUCAGGUAAUAAGAUCAAGAUGGAAUGCAUGAAAGAUUGAUGAGAUGUCAGAUUGUGCUAUGAGCAUGGGUGUAACUGCGAGUCGGGAUCUAGGGGAUGACGACAUAUAACGGUCCCUGCCCCUAUGUGGUGCGCAUUGAAGGUGAAUACAACUGUGGUAAUGCGGUAUUCAGGUUACGGAUUGUUCUUGAAAUGUGCACUGUUCGAUCGAGGGAUAAGGCAGAGGCGAACACGUGCAAACCUCCGCC